CGCGUACAGGGCUCGCUAGUCUGACUGGCUAUUGCCAAAUGGCUUUGCUGGCGGCAAAGUUGAGCCUGAGGAGCUGGCGGGGCGAUGUGUAGCGACUUUCUCAAAGCCGAAUCCGGGACGGAGCUCCUUGCCCGACUUGAAGGAAGGAGCUCCUUGAAAGAACUCGAACCCAACCUGUUCGCUGAUGAGGAGUCACCAGUGCAUGGUGAUAUUCUCGAAUUUCAUGGUCCAGAAGGAACGGGAAAAACGGAAAUGCUUUAUCACUUAACAGCCCGGUGCAUACUUCCAAAAUCAGAGGGCGGACUACAAAUAGAGGUCUUAUUUAUCGAUACAGACUACCACUUCGACAUGCUUCGCCUCGUGACGGUUCUGGAGCACAGGCUGUCGCGGAGCUCGGAGGAAGCCAUCAAGCUCUGCCUGGGAAGGCUCUUCCUGGCCUACUGCAGCAGCAGCAUGCAGUUACUGCUCACGCUGCACUCACUGGAGGCGCUCUUCUGUGGCCACCCCUCCCUCUGCCUCCUCAUAGUGGAUAGCCUGUCGGCUUUCUACUGGACAGACCGCGCCAGUGGAGGAGAAAGCGUGGCCCUGCAGGAAUCUACUCUGAAGAAGUGUUCUCAGCUCCUAGAGAGACUCGUCACUCAGUACCGCUUGCUGCUUGUCGCCACAACCCAAAGUCUAAUGCAGAAAGCCUCGGACCCGGCACAGGGGCCCUCCAAGCUUCCAGGCGACGGGGCCCUGGACUACAGAGCCUAUCUCUGCAAGGCCUGGCAGAAGGCGGUGAAGCACAGAGUCAUCUUCUCCAGAGAAGACCAGUCAGAGAGCAGCCGCUUCUUGUUGGUUUCACAUCAUUUAAAAAGUAACAGUUUAAAAAAACACACUUUUAUGAUCAGAGAAAGUGGGGUGGAGUUUUGUUGAUUUGUCAUCAAAAAGGCUUUCGAGAGCUCUGAGGCAAGUCUUUAAAAGUCUUCUAUAGGCUAAAGUGGUUUGAUUCUGAAGGUUUUGAUUCUGGGGAAAUUAAUACAAACAGUACAGUAAGCUUGAAGCUUCUCUGUCCCUCUAGGCUCUGGAAGGCGUCAGCACGCUGCACCCCACUGUCCUUCUAGGCUCUUGAAGGCGUCCAGCUCGCUGCACCCCACUGUCCCUCUAGGCUCUGGAAGGCAUCCAGCACGCUGCACCCCACUGUCCCUCUAGGCUCUGGAAGGUGUCAGCACGCUGCACCCCACUGAGCUUGUUUUGGAACUCAGUAAAUGAUACAUGUUUCAGACUAAGUCAUGUUUUGAGUGUUUAGGAAGGGUUUACUGCUGAUCCUGGCCUCCUUGAAGAGCUGUGGCUGGAGAGGGUGGGCAGAGCUGUUACUUCAAAGAAAUGAGCACAGGGGUCACCUGCUCAGCUGCCUCUGUCUGGAAGCUGGAGUAGGCUGGGUGUGGUGUACUCACUCACCUUGAAUUCCCAGCACUGGAAAAACGAGACAGGUGGAUCUGUGAGUUCAAGUCCUGCCAGGUCUAUAUAGUGAGUUCCAGGACAGCCAGGGCUACAUAAUGUCUCAAAAAGCCAACCAGUAAACAGACAGACAGAUAGAUGAAGCUGGACUGUCUGAGCCCUCCUCCUCCUCCUCCCCCUCCCCGCCACCCCUCUGAGGGUGUCACAAUGUUUCCUUUAUAAUUCAGGCUGGCUUUCAUCCACAGUUCUGCCUCAGCUUCUGCAGUAACCAGGACAUCUAGCACACAGUGCUGCACUGCACCUCAGAGCCAGAGAAUUCUGAUCUGAGUUACACUUGAAUUCAAGAUGGCUUUCCAUUUGCUUGGUUCUGUGUGAUUUUUCAAACCUGGAGAAACGAUGUACUCAUGUAAGAACUCUGAGAUUUAUUAUGGAAUGUUCAUCUCAUUAAAUGGUGGAUUCUGAAACUGUUAAAAUUGUGUAUCACUAGUGUUUUCUUCCCUAUCUGGAGCAGGCCACUGCGAUCAGACAGGGUGCUGCAAGGAGUUGUUCUAGUUCAGACUGCUAGGCUGUGAUGAAACACCGUGACCUGAAGAAGGCUGGGGAGUAGUCCGUCCUUGAAGGAAGUCAGGACAGGAACUCAUGAAGCAGGAGUCAAUACAGAGAGAGGCCAUGGAGAGGGGCUGUUUACUCUUGCUCCUCAUGGCUUGUUCUAUCUGUUUUCUUAUAGAACCCAGGACCACCAGCCCAGGGGUGCCCCACCCACAAUGGGCCGGGCCCUCCCGCAUCAAUCACUAAUUAAGAAAAUGUCCUACAGGCUUGCCAAUGGCCGGAUCUUUUGGAGGCUCCCUCAUCCCUGAUGACCCUAACUAGGCAGCACUGAAGUGUAGGAAGAAGGCUUUGGAAGCAUCUCUUAGGUGUCUUCACUCAGGCUGGCUGUUCUUCUCAAACCUGUUUAUACCACAUGUCACAUUUGAAGCUUCCCAGUGGUGAUGUAGCUGUGUUCUUGUGUUCAUUUAUGUUUCCAGAGGUUUACGAGUUAAAAUGCAUCCUAGAGAAGCUGAGACUGAAUUUCUUGAUGAUGAAGGCACAGUGAUAUGCCUUGCUGGCUGUGCCCGCCCGGUGCCUGUGGGCAGCAUCCUUCCCUCCCUGUGUGUCCUCAGUUGACUCUGCUGAGCCUGGUAGGAUUGCUCCCUCACCAAGCAGGAAACUUCCUUUUUGACCCAGGGUCUCACUGUGUAGCUCUAGCUGGCCUGGAACUACAUAGACCAGGCUGGCCUCCUAAGUACUGGUAUUAAAGGUGUGUACCACUGCGCCUUCCUGGCCCACUAAUAUAAUUUUAAAAAUACAAUUGUAUAAUUUCCACUUUCUCUUUCUUUCCACCAAACCCUCCCGUGUGCACCGCCCUUCUUGCUCUCCCAGUUUCCUUCAUGGCUUCUGGCCUCUUUUAAAGUUGUCCUACACACACACAUACACACACACUCCUAAGUAUACAACCCCCUUGGGUCUUUUCAAUGUUGUAUGAGUGUUUUUAGGACUGACUACUUGGUAUUGGACAGCCAAUGGGAGUGCUCUUUCCUGGGAAGGGCUGUUGCUUCUGCUCUCGGCAUUCUUUGGUUGCCCAUAGUUUUUUCUCUCCGGGGGUCGGGACCAUGAGAUUCCUCCCUUCGUAUUAGCAUGCUUAUUGGUGGUGUCAGUGUUGAGGUUUUGUUUCGGCAGACCUGCCGUUGAGCCUCACAGCAGACGUCCUGGUCCUCUGACUCUUACAGUCUUUCCACCCCCUCUUCUGAGAUGACCCCGAGCCGUAGUUGCAGGGUUAUGUUACAGACGAUGAUGUUGGGGCAGGACAUCGUGAUGGCUCCUUCUCUUCAUUCUGAUUCUUGUGGUUUUCUGUAAUGGUCUGUGUUACAAAGAGAAGUUUCUUUGCUGAGGGUCGAGAGCUAUACUUUCUGUAUU